AUUCCCGGGUUUAUUUUUGAGAUCUCUUGCUUCGCUGCUAUGGAGUUCUUAACAGCAUUGGGGAAACAAUGUCAAGUCAUUUCGGAAUGAUUGCUAAGAAAACUAAAAACUCCAAACGCAUUAAGGCUCAUUGGAGAGUAUUUUUAUUUACCCUAACUCAUUUGGGAAGGCGCUGGUUGGAGAAGGCGGAGUUUCUCUACACCGUCUGCCCCGCCUGUGAACGGUCUCUUUCUCUCCCUCGGAGAGGGUUGUUGCCGCGAGCAGGGUCGUAGCGGAAAGUUCACCCCCUUGCGACGCAAAAGGCUCUUAACUGCCUUGCUUUCGUUUAUUUCUGGGAUGCUCCUGGAAAGACACUGGGCGCAGCUUAUUGGGGAGGACCUGCCUCAAUCUAAAAUAGCGAGGAGGAGCUUACUGUGAAGUUAUGGUUGAGCUCCCCCCCCUCCCGGCCAUGUUCACUGCUGCAGUAACCCAGUUAAACAUGCCGACAAUGAAAUGGCAAGUUUUCGACAGGGAACGCAGCUACUUACCUUUCUCAGCACAAUAAAAUGCGUUUUAAAGAGAAAAGAAAUCUGACUCCAACUUCGGUGUGGAGAGUUCGGUUGCAAGCUUACUAAAUAAUGGAACUUUAUAUUCCUUUUAAAAAGAUAUUUUUUAAUACAGUACUGCAAUGCAUUAAUACUGUAGUUUCUCAUGGUGUCAAAAGUAACUAUGGAAAUCGAGUAAGGAGGCAAAUAGUUUUCCAGGAACCGGUGGUGCUACCUUUAUGCUUGCCAAAGACCAGCUGUUCCCUAGGAGUGUCUGGCUGGAGCCAUAUGAUCUUAGCAACAUAUUUCAGAGCUGUUUCUAAACACUGACAAAGACACUUGUGCAGCAAUGACUGUUGUAGAGGAAAAUCGGCCUUUUGCCCAACAACUAUCCAAUGUCUACUUUACAAUACUUUCACUUUUCUGCUUUAAACUUUUUGUAAAAAUCAGUCUUGCAAUACUCAGUCAUUUCUAUAUUGUAAAGGGGAAUCGUAAAGAGGCAGCGAGAAUAGCUGCUGAGUUUUAUGGAACUCCUCAAGGACAAGGCUCUUGGGCAGACCGCUCACCCCUGCAUGAAGCAGCAAGCCAAGGGCGCCUUCUUUCUCUCAAAACAUUAAUUGCACAGGGAUACAAUGUAGAUGCUUUAACUAUUGAUCAAGUGACACCAUUGCACGAGGCAUGCCUUGGAGAUCAUGUAGGAUGUGCUCGGAUACUUCUCCAAGCAGGAGCAAAUGUGAAUGCCACAACUAUUGAUGGGAUAACACCCUUAUUUAAUGCCUGCUCAAGAGGAAGUGCAUCUUGUGUACAACUUCUAUUGGAAUAUGGUGCAACAAUUCAAUGGGAGAGAUGUUUUCCUUCACCAACUCAUGAAGCAGCCAGUAGAGGUCACAGUGAUUGUCUAGAAUUGCUGAUUUCUUGGGGCAUAGAAGUUGAUCUAGAUGUUCCUCACCUAGGAACACCUCUAUAUGUGGCUUGCUUUUCACAGCAGAAACAAUGUGUUCACAAACUUCUGCAUUCAGGGGCAAAUGUUCAAAAAGGAAAGUUUUUGGAAACACCAUUGCAUGCAGCUGCAAGGCUACCUAAUACUGAAAUAGUAAACAUACUUCUUGACUUUGGAGCAGAUAUAAAUGCCAAAAAUUCUGAAUUUGAACGACCUGUAGAUGUCGCUGUUUCAAGCAGCUUGGUGGAAAAAAUACUGCUAUUACAUGAAGUUACUCCAUGUUCUCUUUGCCAGCUGUGUCGACUACGAAUCCGAAAUUAUAUAGGAAAGUCUAGAUUGCAUCUUGUACCACAACUUCAACUGCCAAACAUCUUGAAAAAUUUCUUACAGUACCAAUAAAAUAGUGAAUCGAAUCAGAACUUAAAGAAAUAUUCUACAACAUGUUACACAUGAAAAUUAAAUGAUAGGGAGCAGCCUAAACAAGCUUGCCUGCUCAUUAAAAUUUAAAAUCAUGCCAAACAUAAUUUGGAAUUCCUUGAAGUACUACUAAAAUGAAACAUAAAUGUGUUCAUAUUUUACAGAGCUAUACAAAUCCUUUGAAAAAAGUAAUCUUGAAUGCAAAGUAAUAUGUGUGAAGGCCUUUUUUAAAUGAUUAUAGCAACCAAAUAUUUAAGAAGCUGCUUUCAAUCAUUUCCACUUAUGCAGUGGCUAUAGAUGCACACAAAUGCAGACAGAGGAGGCAGCAACUUUCUCCACAACUAUCUUAGCAAUUUAAAAAGUUGGGCUUUGUGCACUCCUUUGCCUGUUCCGAAGCAUGUUUUAGGAAGGACUUACACAGACCUAAUAUUUUGAAAAUGUUGUAUUUUUUUGUUUUUACAAUAUAGUCCUUACUGAUUAGUCACUCCAUUCAAAAUUCACUUUUGUUCAGUCUAAGAUCUGUGGGGGUGCAGUGGUUAGAAUGCGGUAUCAUAGGUUAACUCACUGUUCACUCCAGG